AUGGCCUACAACACGAAGCCUAAGGCAGGAUACGACGACCUGGCCACGGCCGCCCGCCCCGCAGCGAAGACUUCCACAGGCACCAGCGCGAGCGUGUGCACCGCCGACGAGGCCACCAAAUCCGCGGACGCCCUGGUGUCUUACGCCAGCCCGGCCUGCAAGGAGACGAAGAUCGCUUACCCCAACCUGCUCGUCGACCGCAACGUCACCGAUGGUCAGAACAUGAUGUGCUCCUUCCAGCCGCUGCCGAUUGGCAACAAGCAGGGCAUGGGCGACGUGGAGUGUGGCAAGAUCUACAACUUCUAUGAGGCGUGCUAUGCCUUUUGGCAAGGAGGCGGCAUCGUCAAGAACAACGAGCCCCGGCGCAACCUGGCUUUCUGCCAGAUGAACGAGUGCAUUCUUGAGGUGCUCAAGGCCAUGCCAACCUGCGUCAAGGAGACCGUCCAGGGCAAGCUGUUCUCGGCCAGCGUCACCAACGAGAUGAUUGAUCGUAGCACGUACAUUCUGUCCCAGUUCGGUCCCCUGUCCGAGAUCUGCGCCUUGUUGGUGGAUGGAUACGUCGCAGACAAGGCGGUGACUUGUGCCCAGCAGUUCUCGUGCUACCGCCAAACGGGACACGGUUCCGUAACCAGCCCGACCCAGCAAGGCUACGCCGCCUUUGUGUGCACGAAGAUGUCCACGGUCAUCGGUGCAUCCGGCAUCCCCACGGAGUCCUCUGUGCAGUCGCCCAGCUUCGACUGGGCCAAGCAGGCCUUUGCGGCAGCCUUUGUGGGAGCCAGCGUGGCCCCUCAAGAGAGCGGCGUGGCCCAGUCCCUGGAUGAGGAGGCUCUGAUCAAGAAGCUUGUCUGCAAUCUCCCUGCAACUAGGCACGCGUCCGUCGUACUUGGCGACGCUUUCGAGGAGGGGCUACACAGCCCCGAUGCAUUGAAGGCCAGCAAGAAGAAAAGAAGGAAGCAUCGAAAGCAGCUGAUGAAACAAGUAAGGAAGCAACGAAGCAAAACCGGAGUUUGGUGCUGA